ACGAAAUCUCCUUCGGUUUUUUGUCAAAUUAUUCCAACUAGACACCAGAGCAUUUUUUGUACUGUCUACUAAAUAUAAUAUCUGAUUUUACCAGGAUGAGCUCCAACAAGAAGGUUGAGACGCGCCAAGAGAGCGACACCCUGGGACCCAUGGAGGUGCCCAUGGAUCGCUAUUACGGCGCCCAGACGAUGCGCUGCCUCAUAAACUUUCGCAUUGGCGGCGAGGAGGAGCGAAUGCCGCGCCAGAUAAUCCAGGCCAUGGGCAUGCUGAAGAAGGCGGCAGCCGAAACAAACCAGGAAUUCGGUUUGGAUCCCAAACUGAGCACGGCCAUUUCGAAUGCGGCGGAUGAUGUGAUCUCUGGAAAGCUUUAUGAUGAGGGUCACUUCCCGCUGCCCAUUUGGCAGACGGGAUCGGGCACCCAGAGCAACAUGAACAGCAACGAGGUUAUCGGGAAUAGGGCCAUCGAGCUGCUGGGCGGACGUAUUGGUACCAAGGACCCAGUGCAUCCCAACGACCAUGUGAACAAGUCGCAGAGCUCCAACGACACCUUCCCGUCGGCCAUUCACAUUGCGGUGGCCACUGCGCUGACCAAGGAUCUCCGACCGGCGGUUACCGCUCUGCGGGAUUCACUGCAGGCCAAGUCGAAUGAAUGGAAGGAUAUCAUCAAGAUCGGACGUACCCACACGCAGGAUGCAGUGCCGCUAACGCUGGGCCAGGAGUUCAGUGGCUAUGCACAGCAGCUGACCAACGGGUUGCAGAGGAUCGAUGCGGUCCUGCCGCGAGUUUAUCAGCUCGCACUGGGUGGAACAGCCGUGGGAACUGGACUGAAUACCCGCCGAGGAUUCGCCGAGAAGUGUGUCAAGCGGAUUGCCCAGCUCAGUGGAUUGCCCUUCGUGGUGGCGCCCAAUUUUUUCGAGGCCCUGGCCUGCCGAGAUGCCAUGGUGGAGGUGCAUGGAGCGCUCAAUGUCUUGGCUGUUAGCCUGAUGAAGGUCACCAAUGAUAUACGCUUUCUGGGAUCAGGACCACGUUGCGGACUGGGCGAGCUGUUUCUGCCGGAGAAUGAGCCGGGCAGUUCUAUCAUGCCCGGCAAGGUGAAUCCCACGCAGUGCGAGGCCAUGACCAUGAUCUGUGCCCAGGUAAUGGGCAACCACGUGGCCGUCUCCGUUGGCGGUGCCAAUGGACACUUCGAGCUGAACGUUUUCAAGCCACUGAUUGCAUCUAAUGUGCUCCGUUCCAUCAAACUGCUGGCUGAUGGGUGCAUCAGCUUCAACUGCAACUGCGUCAAAGGCAUUAAGCCUAACAAGGAGAAGCUGGCCAAGAUCGUGAAUGAGUCGCUAAUGCUGGUGACAGCCCUCAAUCCGCACAUUGGCUAUGACAAGUCGGCCCAGAUUGCCAAGGCGGCGCACAAGAAUGGAACUACUCUGAAGGUGGAGGCCUUGAACGCCGGCAUAUCGGAAAAGGACUUCAACGAGUGGGUGCGUCCCGAGAAGAUGCUGGGUCCUUCUUAGGUUUUCCGCCCAUGUUCCAUGUGUUACCCAUUCAUAAAUUCCAUAUUGCAAAAUUUAAUCGUUGGAAAUACAAUCGAGUGAAAGAUGUAAA